AUGAUUGUGGGGAACGCCACGAGCAGUGCGAUCGCCGCCUCGUGUCUGGCGACUGGCGUGCUGCUCCACUCCGCCAAUUGGCUUGGCGACGGGUGGUGUUCGGGCGGUUUCGUCAGGGUCAUUUGGACGUCCAGUACCACCAGCACGACCGAGACCAGUGUGACCUGGACGACGGUGGUCGUCGACGCUCCGCUCCCCUGCCCUCCGCCCGAGCCCCUUGAGUGCCCGCGCGGCGGGCCAGAGAGCUUCCACGUCCUGGGCGACGGCGUGACGGGUUCGACGGUGGAGAUCCCCAGCUGGCUGCUCCUGCCGGCGCUGGGCGGCGAUCAAAUGAUUCACCUGCCGCCGAGGUCGCUCUUCGAGACGGUCGCUCAUCCCACGCCAGGGUCGAGGGGGCUGGUCACGUUCUCGAGCGACCCCAGCUGGGCCCACGAGAGGUUUUUUCUGUGGCCCGUCCCGCCAGACUCGGACGGCGGCCGCUGGGCCAGCUACGUCUACACGCCUGGGGGCGACUUCCACGUGGAGCACGAGACCGACUACAGCAGCCCGGCCCUGCUCACAGGGCGGAAGGGCUACCCGGCGGGCGUCCCUCAGGUGGUGGUGUUCAGCCGGGCGCUGGAGCCGGACGAGGUGGCUGAGCUCGUCAAGAGGGCGCGCGCCGAGGCCGCCGUGAUGACGGGGAGUGCGGGGCCCGAUUUCAGCGUGCCCGACGCGGCGCCGCGCCUCAGUGCCUGGGGCCGCUGGCUCCGGGGCAAGCAGGCCAUGCCCCUCCCCGUCGGCGACGUCGAAGGCGCGGGGGCUGCUUUCGUGCCAGCGUCGGAGCCGGGCGGCGGCACCCCCACGCCCUUGCCAGAGGCUGCCGACGGGCAUGGCUGGCUGUGCAGCGACCUGGCCUGUCGGGACGGGGCCUUCGCAUUCGGCACCGAGCUGCGUCCUGGCCAGCCGCCGCGCGUCGAGCUGCGUGGGCGCGGCGAGUGCGGCAUCGCCACCGACCGCAGCGGAGGUCAUCACCCUGUGAAGUUCGUCGAGCUCCGUCGCGUGGCGGAGUGGCGCGAGGCCAAGCAGCUGGGGGCCUCCCGUCUCCGUGGCGGUGGCGAGCAGCUCGAGAAGAGGCUGCUCGACGACGGGCCACCUCGGCCGCCCGCGCUGGCGCCCUCCACGGCCCGAGCCGAGGCGGCCGAGGUCGACGACCUCCGCGCGCGCUGGAAGUUCCACAAGCGCGGCGGGGCGCCCAAGGCCUGGUUCGCCGAGUGGGCCCGCGAGGUCGGCAUCUCGCGCAAGGACCGGGCCUGGCACGAGGCGGUCGCCCAGCGGCUGCUGCAGCACGCGGGGGCCUGCGCGAAGGGCGCUGACAAUCCCAUUUGGAGCGCGGCCAAGCACCUCGCCCCCGAGGAGAUGCGCACGUGCGCCGCGCGCCGGGCGAAGGACGAGCUGGAGCUGGAGCGCGCGGCCGCCGGCCACGCGACGCUGGUCGCCGAGGGCGACGAUGGCCCGACCGUCGCCCGCGAACCCCACAGGGCUCGUGCCUCCCUGCCUCUCCCUCCUCUGAGCGUCGCGGGCAUCCCCGCGGCCGCCACGGGCGGGGGGCGCAGGCGGCUGCUGCGAGACAUCCACGCGGCCAUCGAGGCGCUGAACUGGAUGCGUGGAGGGGAUCAUCGGCCUGCCCCACGGCAGAUGUCGGCGCCCACCGAGAAGAAGGUUUUGGGCCUGCAGGCUGAUGUGCGGCAGCGCGUCGUGGAGGCAGACCCCCGCUGGUGCGACGUUGACAGCGCCGUCGGCGAAUGUGGAGCCUUGGCCAGACCCUGGAAGGGGCGCUCGGGCUACGCGCCGGCGCCUUCAUGCAGUGGCGGGUCCUACGAGUACUCGAUGGUAUCUAUGCCGAGUGACUUGCAUGACUCGCCGUCGCUCAUCUCGACGUUGCCUUCGGAGGCGAGGAAGCACCUCGAGGAUUUUGAGAGGCUCAUGCUCCGGCCCGCGCAGGAGUCGGAACUAAUGCAACAGCACGAAGGGGUGCCGGGCUGCCACGCCGACCCGGCGCUGCAGAAGGAUCCUCGCACCUACGGCCGCUUUGCGCGAAGGGUAGCGAGGGUCGGCAUGGCGACCCUCGCUCGAGACCCGGCCUGCGCGCUGGGCGUCUUUUUCGUCGCCAAGAAGCCCGACAAGCUCAGGGUGGAGAUCGACGACCCCGAGGGCCUCCUGAAGGGCCUGCGGGUCCACCUCGGCGUCGGGGACGUCGCGGACUGCUUCCAAAGGAUGAGGUUGGUGAAGACGGUCGACGGCGUGGCUGCGAGGCCGGACGAGAAGAUCUGGCCCAUGUGCGCGAGCCUCCCGAUGGGCUUCUCGCGGUCGUUGCACUUCGCCGAGACGGCGAACGCCCAGCGCCGGGGUCGCCAGCCCGCGCUGCGGCAGAGCCAGGAGCUCUCGGACCGGGGGCCCCCCCUGGUCCUCGGCGAGCCAUCCGCCUCGGCAGGAUCAGGCCACUUCAUGUACUUUGACAACGCUGGCGCGCUCUCCUUCGACGGCGACCUGGCGGGUCGCGCUCCGGCGGGGGCCCAGAGGGACUUUGACGCCGACGCGCUGCGCAUCCACGAGAUGGAGGUUUUCGACCACGGCGGGCCGCCCUUGGGCUGGCAUCUUGACGGCGACGCCCGAGUCGCCCGGCCCAGCGACAAGCGUUUCGCUCUGGUGCGCCGUGGCGUCCGGGCGCUGCUUCAGCUGAGGAAGGUCUCUGGCUGGCAGGAGCUCAACGCUUUCCUCGGGGCCAUGAUCUUCGUCGAGGCCGACUGGAGCCAGCCGUGGACGCCCUGCGUCUACGCCAGCGACGCGAGCCCCCGCGGCUUCGGCGUCUCCCAGCCCCCUUGGUCGCAUCGGGGCGCGGCCGAGGUCGGGCGCGUGCCGGAGCUCAGUCGCCACCGCCUGGGCGGCGCCCGGGCCCGAGAGCACGCCUUCGAGGUCGCCGGCUUCCAGGUGGACCCUGAGAGCGGCGACGCGGAGCGCGACUUCCUCGGCCGGCCCGCGCGGCUCGACAGGGAGGCGAGGGAGAUCCUGGAGGCGGCGCGAUGGGGGCGCAAUGAGGAUUUUGCAGAGGUGCCCAGCCGCCUCCUUGCCGGCGACCGCUGGCGCACUAUUCUCGCUGAUCGCUGGCUCCAUGCCGACGACAUUUUGCGCCUUGAGGCCAGAGCGGCGGUCAAG